CAAAAAGUGUAUGGCAUUUGUGAUAGUGGCCUGACCGAAUCAAGUUGAAGUCUGUCUUUUGUUGCUUUUGAAAAUUCCCAAUUUCCCACCAAUUAAACAGAGAACCACUACAACGACCUCAAUCUCUCUCUCUCUGUCUCCGUCACAUGCUUCUUCCCCGUCUUCGCGCCUAUAUUAGCCGCCAAACCCUAAUCUCUUUCCUCAAUCUCCUCCGCCUGAUCCGCCGAAAAGCCCAAAUAGUCUUCCCCUUCUUCGAAAUGUCCGCCCCGGACCACCAAUCCUCCGCCCCGACCCCUCCGCCGUUCGACCCGACCCAACCCGCCGUACCCAUCUCAUAUCCGAUCAAAACCCUCGAAGAGCUCGAGUCCAGGUCCUACUUCGAGUCCUUUCACUACCCUUUUAACAAAUCCACGGUUGCUCUGCAAUCCGGGUCGCCUUCCCUGUCGCUGCCCGACAGGCCCAGAGUGAUUGUUUGCCACGACAUGGCCGGAGGCUAUGGCGAUGAUAAGUGGAUCCAGGGAGGGACCAAUCCGAACGCGUAUGCGAUAUGGCAUUGGUAUUUGAUCGAUAUUUUCAUCUACUUUUCGCAUAGUCUUGUCACUCUUCCGCCUCCGUGUUGGACCAAUACUGCUCACAAACAUGGAGUUAAGGUGUUGGGGACCUUCAUCACUGAAUGGGAUGAAGGGAAGCUUAUUUGCAACAAAUUGCUGUCGACAAAAGAGUCUGCUGAAAUGUAUGCUGAGUUCUUGGCAGAGCUUGCCGUUGCUUUGAGCUUCGAUGGAUGGCUGAUCAAUAUGGAGGUUGAAUUGAAGCCGGACCAAAUCCCUAAUUUGAAAGCAUUUGUCUGCCAUUUAACACAGAAAAUGCAUUCCUCAGCCCCUGGUUCUUUAGUCAUAUGGUAUGACAGUGUUACAACUGAUGGUAAACUUAACUGGCAAAAUCAACUGAAUGAAAAGAAUAAACCCUUUUUUGAUAUAUGUGAUGGAAUUUUUAUGAACUAUACAUGGAAGCAAAACUAUCCGAGGCUUUCAGCAGAUGUUGCUGGUGACAGAAAGUAUGAUGUCUACAUGGGAAUUGAUGUAUUUGGAAGGGGCAGUUUCGGUGGAGGACAAUGGAAUACAAGUGUUGCACUAGAUGUGCUGAAAAAGGACGAUGUAUCAACGGCCAUUUUUGCUCCUGGAUGGAUCUAUGAGACUAAUCAACCACCAAAUUUUCAGAUUGCUCAGAAUCAUUGGUGGUCCCUCGUGGAAAAAUCAUGGGGGGUGGUACAAAAUUAUCCUAAAGUGCUACCAUUCUAUACAAAUUUUGAUCAGGGUCAUGGAUAUCAUGUUUCUGUUGACGGAGGGCAAGUGUCGGAUGCUUCUUGGUGUAACAUUUCUUCCCAAGGGUUGCAGCCGUUCCUUGUGUUUAGUGGCAAUGCAACCCCAGAUGGUAUCCAGGUUCAUGCUGAUUUCAAUGAAGCAUCUUAUAGCGGAGGAGGAAACAUCACAUUUAAAGGAAACCUUGAAGACGGUGAUGAUUUCUCGACAAGGCUCUUUCAAGGAGAUGUUCUUCUGGGGGAUUUGCCUCUCCAGUUAACGUAUUCUGUGAAAUCAGAUAUUAAUUCUCGACUAGGCUUGCAUCUUAAUUUCUCUUCUACCCUGAACGAAAGAAAGUCGGUACUUCUUGUAAACUGGAACCUGAACCAAUUCUCAAGCAAAUUUGAUGAAGUGAUAAUGACACGUCAACUUGGAAACCCAGGAACUCCCCCUGGAUGGGUCAUACAGGAGAGUAGCAUCGGAAUGAAUGGAUACAGACUAACAGAAAUACAUGCUCUGUGCUACAGGUCGAAGCCUGAAUUUGACGAAAGGAGACCAAAGUCCAUGUCAGAGGAGGGUACUCAGAAUUCAACAGAGUACUAUGCAGUGCUUGGUCAUAUUUCAAUUAAGACUAGUGGGCAGAAUUCAGAUUUUCCGCCUUCUGAUUCAUGGCUUGUCGAAGGUGAAUAUAUCAAAUGGACAACAGGAUCUGAGGGUUCCAAGAGCGUUAGUCUUAAAAUCACUUGGAAAUUGAAAGACGGGAACGAUUAUCCAUCCACAAAUUAUAAUAUCUAUGUUGAAAAACUAGCUCAAGGAGCACUUGGCCAUCCAGGAGCAGCGCCAGAAAGGGUGCAUGAGUAUCUUGGAUCGGCACGAGUGGGAGCAUUUUACGUCGAUGACCUAGCAGUUCCUUCUGGCACAUCUAACAUCAAGUUUAUCGUUCAAGUUUGCGGUACCGACGGGAGUAACCAGAAACUAGAUGACUCGCCGGUGUUUCUACUUGAAGCUGCAGCUUUGGCCAACGAGUUGUAAGUGUGAGAUAGUGGUUGUGUGAGCUAGGGUGAAUAAUGCUGUCUAUAAAAAGUGCUAGUGUUGUAGUAUGAUAACACGAAUGUAAGAAAUAUUUACUUUUAAUAAUAUACAGAAAUGUACUGUUGUUCCUCAUAAUUUAAUCAUCAUUACUUA